AUGAGUAAAUGCAAUAUUAGGAAAAAGUGGGAUAUAUUGACCAAAUCGAAGUCCACAACAUUAUUUACCUUAAUAUCAACAGUCCAAGCAAUUGCAUUAGUAUAUUUACAAUCAAGUAUUUUCGCUCGUAAUAUUUAUGGGUGGUUUCAUCUUCAUCCGGAUUAUACAGAAGCCGAAAUAUUACACCAAAAUACGAUGCAAAUUUUCACGAUUGCAUUAACUAAUUUUUGCUACGCAGUUCUUGGAGUUGUCCAAUUACUUGAAGCCAGAGAAACAAGUAAUCGAGUUUUAAAUGAAUGCCCCACGAUAGUUAUGGAUCCUGAAUUUAUGAUACAUGAAGUUCCACAUAUUAUACUAACGACGGUUUUAGCAUGUAUCACGGGAUAUCUAUCAUUUAAGUUAUAUCAACAAUUUGGUUGGAACAUUUACCAAAAAAUUGGUACGGAUGUUAAAAUGCAAUCAAUAUAUAAAGCUCGUUUAAUUUUUGUAAUGUUAUUAAAACUUGACUUGUUGAUGAUGUUAUUAUUCAGUAUCUUAAUUAUACCUUAUUAUAUGGUUGAAUUUACUAGUACUGGUGCCUCCUAUAAAGGGAUAAUUUAUAUGGGUAUUACGUUUUUUGCUCUGGUGUUUUUAUUUGAAUCUGUGGCUUUUAAAGCGAUUGCGAAAGAAAAUAAAGGCGGAAUGCUUGCAUUUUUAUCAUUUUGGAUUCUUGUUAUGAUAACUUAUGUAUGGUUUUGUUAUAUCGGAUUUUCUUUGGCGUCCAUCUAUAAAUGGUAUAUUGGUUCGAUCUUUGGCGUUUCCUGUUUACUUAUGGGCAUGUUGACCUUUAUAAUUGGAAUAGUGGUUAUGAGAAAUUUCGGGAAAGGAUUAAAGGAACACCUUGAUAAGAUUGGAUUUAAUGAAAAUGAAGAAUUUUAUAAUAGCAAUGACAAACGUGAUAUAGAAGUUGGUAGUCGAAGAAAUAAAUGA